CAACUUACCAAUUGCCAGCUGCGAAACUGUCAAGCGAAAUUCACAAAGAUGGCUUCGAAAUCAGAACCUGCAAGCAAACGACGCAGAAUCGCACUCGCCUGCACCGCCUGCCGAACGCGAAAGUCGAAAUGCGACGGCAAACGCCCAACUUGUCAGUCGUGCCUUCAGCUCAGUCUGGAAUGUCAGUACGAUGCGCCAGAGUCGGCCACCAAUGUGAUUAUUGGAAAACAAUACGUCGCGGACCUGGAGCAACGAUUGCGAUUGGUAGAGAAGGCAUUGAGACGACACGAUGAUUUAUUGAUAGGGCAUUUGUCGGGCUGUGAGCCGGCCAUGACGAAGCUGCCUCAGCGACUGCGCAGUGAUGACCACAAUGACGACGACGACGACGCAGCCAGCAAUGAUGAAGUUGGGCGCGAGGGAGAAGAGGAAGAAACUAGUGAUGAUGACGGGGUCGGGGACCCGACAAAAACAGACGGACUUGCCAUCACCUUUGUCGAAGAACAGGCUCCCGUCUACUUUGGCGAAUCAUCCAACAUCCGCUUCGUGCGCUACCUGCUCGGAGCCAUGUCUUCCCUCUGGGGUAUCCAGAAGCCCAAGGGACCGUCUUCUAUUACCAACAAAACAAUACGAAAGCGGCACCUUGACGAUGGCGCAAGUCAACCAUCACCAAGAGCCGUCAGUUCCGCCAGCGCUCAGCUACCACCAUCCGAAGAGUUUGAGGAGCUGCUUCACCUAUUUUUCAACACCACUGGUCUUCUCUUCCCUAUAUUCCACGAACCGACAUUUUGGGGCUAUUAUGACCGAUUCAAGGCAAGCGGUUACAAGAAGAUUGGCAGGGCAUGGCUAGGCAUGCUCAACAUGAUGAUGGCUAUGGCUACGAAUGUAGGCAACGGAAAGUUCGCCGGGUCCAAGGAGCGCUUUGAGCGAUCUCUGGUAUUUUACCACAGGGCUACAGCGCUAUGCGCAUCCUACGCGCUCAAAACGGUCAGCAUUGAGAGUGUGCAGUAUCUUCUGCUGCAGACUUUUUAUCUGCAAGGAACACCGCGUGCUGUGCAAGCCUGGAACAUCCACGGUUUAUGUGUCCGCAAUGCGCUUGCACUCGGUCUGCAUUGCGAUCAGGCUAAUGGAAACCUUGACCCGGUUGCAAAAGAAACGUAUAAGCGUACCUGGCAAGCCAUUUACUGCGCCGACAAGGUCAUGAGCGUCACGUUUGGAAGACCUGGGGCUGUACCCGACUACUACAUGGUUUCGGGACCGAUACAACAGUGGCCAGCUUCCGACUAUCCAGCGACAAAACAACACUUGGAGACUAUGCGCCUCAAAUCAGAGCUUCUGAGGGUCUCUGUACAACUCUACAAGGUCAUGGGCGACUCCAUAACUCGCCAGUACAACAGCAACUUGGGGCUGACCAGCGAAUUGGACGGAGUUUCAACAAUCCAAGCCGCUACAGAAUUGCGAAAACAAUUGCGACAAUGGGCGGCUAGCCUACCGGCGGAAUUUGCGCUACUCGAUUGUGAUGCUCCAGAGCUGGUGCAGCGGUCUAUCACGAAUCGCAUUCGAACGAUCCUUACGCUGCGAUACCAUAAUUUGAACAUAAUCAUCCACCGGCCGCUGCUUUGUUUGACUUUGCAGUAUCUGUCAAAGCACGAACCGUCCGUGGAGUUACCUUACACAGCGCAGCUAGCAAUGGCAGAGGCCUUUGAGUGUGUUGCCUCAGCGGAGACCACUAUUAACAUCAUAGCUGCUGGAUUGGGGACUGCAGCCGGGGACGAGACCAACCUGGGUGUAUGGUUCUUUACGCUGUACUAUGGCUUCACUGCGGCGCUGAUGAUCUGUGGACGAAUGCUCUGGGCGCACCAUGGCCAUGGCCAAAAUGCAGAGACUGUUAUAUCUUCCGGGCGCCUCAGCCUCGUCAAGGCGGCCAAUGCGCUCAAGAACCUCGAUACAGAAAACAACCUUGUACAGCAGUGUGUCAAAUACAUUACAUACCUGUCUGAGCUGCAAAACCACAGCUCUUCGCGAUUCAAAGGACUCCGAAGCGCAUCAACUGCAAACAAUGCAGGCGCGAAUGGAUUUGGGGACCUGAGCUCACUGCUGGGCGAUGCGCCAAUGGGCGAUUUUAUGAAUGACGGUAGUGAUUUUGGCCCGUUUCUCCCUGUCGAAUUUCUAGACCCGGCAUUUUACGAUGACUUUAAUAUCCAAAUGUAAGAUGAUGUAUGUGUAUUGGUUAACUGUUUUUUUAUGAUCUAAAUGAGUACAUAUAUACAACUAGAAGAGCGCUUAUAUAGAUAAAAUUGAAUAGAGAACGCUGAAAUGAAACAUGAAUAUUACAAA